UCCCCCAGAUGGUGCACAUCUCACUCAUUAUGUAUGUAUAUACCCGCCCCUGGCUCAUGUUUUAAUUUUAAACAUCCUUAUAGUCUAUCAGACGCAUCUAGAAUUGAAGUUCAUGGGCCUCCUGUUAUUUUCUUGUGCUGUGUAAUUCGGGACAGGUGCUCACUACCAGCUGGGGGCUCUUUAUCUGCGAGCAUCCUGCGUGGCCUACUUUGCAGGCAGGUCCUUCCAGAUGGUUCUGCCUUCGCUUCUGCCAGCCACCGGGGGUGCCGUCCCACGCCCAUUCUGUGUGGUUCUCAGCUCGGGGACUCUGUCCCUAAGUGGCCACCAAAGCCUAACCCUCCUGGUUUCUGGGCCCUGUCUCAGCUCCCCACGAUGUUUCUGGGGCUCCCCUUGCCUCUGUCCGAGCUUGGUUACGCAGUGCCAGGCGCUCUGUAUGGGGAGGGCUUAUUCAAUUUCCUGUGGCUGGAAAUGGAACUUGGGUGCAGCCACAACUUUGGAACCCCUCUUCUGAGUGACCCGGUUAGGGGCAGGACGUCGGGCUUCCGUCUUGGCUGUGGUUGGAAACUGCAGGUGGAAAACUUCCCCACCCAGUUCUGUGGGCCCUUGGCUGCCGAGUGGGGAUGCCUGAGAUAUCAGGCUAAUUCCUAGGAAUGUCCCUGUCAGUGCAGCCCCCGCUCCGCAUCCUCCCGCCAGGCCAGGCAGGAAAGCAGCGCUGGCCCCUUGCCCUGGCACUUUCUCCCCUGCUGCCCCUGUCAUGUGGACCUCAGUCUAAGGCCUCUCCACCGGGAAGCCAGGCAGUGAUUAGGGGCAGGGGCCUUGCACUCAGGAGGGGACCUGGGUUCAAAUCCUAGGUCUGUUGCUGAAUUCUGGGUGACUUCAGACAAGGGACUUCAGCCACAAUGUCAUCACUGCAGCAAUGUCCCAUGGCUAGAGUUCAGGGCACCUCCAGUGCACCUAGCCCAGACAAGGCGAGUGUCCCUGUGCCGGCUGCCUCACCCACCUGAGUGGGAUGAAUCCAGAAGCAGGUUUCCCGGGGUGCAGAGGGGUGUGAUUUACAAUCCCGGGAGCAGCUGCUACGAAUUUACACCCCCGCCACGUGUUGGGGACUGCCUGGGUCACCACAGCUGUGUGCACACAGGUUCUCUGGUUUUUGCCAAUUCGAUGGGGUGCAGUCUCCGAGUUCCACCCCACUCUCUUGUGCGUGGGGUGGAGCCCCUCUUCAGACACACGCACUGUUUCCCAUUGGCGCAGGAACUCCCAGCACCACUAUACACCAAGUGCCCAUCCAUCUGACAGCAGAGCGCCAUGGCGGAGGCCUUCAGAACUGCCCCCUUAUCCUGGUGAGGGGACAGGAUCACCUCCCCAGGAUAACAUGGGGCUGGGCGUGGAAGCCACCAGAAUAUGCACCUCCUUGUGACCUGCUGCAGCUUCUGUCACUGCUAGACACGACCGUGACCCAGAGGGCCUCUACCUCCCCUUGGGCUCGACACUUGGAUCCCAGGGUAGGGCUAGUCUUGGGGUUCCCAGCUUGGCCUUCCAGAGACAGGAGUCCCUGCCCCCUUGUCCCAGCCCUUGGCUGUCUCCCAGCCUCUCCCUUUUCCUGUUUUGAUGCUGGCUCGGCCAGGCCCGGAGACAGGGCCAUGAUGCCUUAAUCCUCUAGCCAGGAGCCAUGAUGGGCUCACCCACUUGCCAAGCCGACCUGCCCAGCACACACAUCUGCUGCACCUGGCACAAGACACGGGACAUGGGGGCUCCUGACCUCUGGGCACCCUGCCUUAGUGGGGAGGGGCCCCACAGAGGACCCGUGAAGCCCCCUGCCUCCCCCUCCAGGCGGCAGGUGGGGUGGGGACACUGGUUGCCUGCCCUGGGCUCAGCCCCCGCUGCAGGCACAAGACUCAUAAAUCAGGGGGUAUCAGGGGCGUCGGAAAUGGGUCUGUGGAAUGUCGGGGUGGGGUGGGCUGGGGGUGUGGGCCCUUACCUCUUAGGAGGGCGGGAAGCGGGGCAGGAGGAACCCAUGCCUGGACCAGAGGACGCGGUAGCAGAACUGGUGGGGGACAUGGGGCCUUCUGGCGCGGAGGCCGGCAGGGAAGAGGUUAGCUCCCCAGCCCAGGAGGGGCUAUAAAUUCAAGGCACAGACCCCUCAAGACCUGCCGUCACAAUGGCCUCAGGGAUGGCCCUGCUCUGCACUCUACUGCUGCUGUCACUGCAGCUGGGCCUGGGCCCCAGUCACUGGGGGACUCUGAUGGCCAAAGGAGAGUCCCUGCCUGAGCAAGCAGCGGAUGCUGGAGGGACCCGGCUGGGCGCCCGCUGCUCCCCUGCCCGCCUUCGCCGAGCGCCAGCCAGCCCAUGCCAGCUGUGGAGCCUGAACCUGCCGGUGGCGGAGUUGGGCCUGGGCUACACCUCGGAGGAGAAGGUCAUCUUCCGCUACUGCGCCGGCAGCUGCCCCCGUGGUGCCCGCACCCAGCAUGGCCUGGUGCUGGCCCGGCUGCGGGGCCAGGGCCGAGCCCACGGAGGGCCCUGCUGCCGGCCUACCCGCUACACCGACGUGGCCUUCCUCGACGACCGCCACCGCUGGCAGCGGCUGCCCCAGCUCUCCGCAGCUGCCUGUGGCUGUGGCGGCUGAAGGCGCCAGCCUGGUGCCCUGGAGCCCUGUGCCGGAGGAGCUCAGCUGACUUAUUUAUUGGGGGCCCAGGUGCAGAGAAGACCAGGAAGGCAGGUACCCCAGAGCGGCCGGCAGUGAGCACAAUAAAAGACACCACCCCCCUGGC